ACACAUUCAACUACCUGUUGGCCUGACCCAGUUAUCCGGAAAGCGAAAAAGAAGAAGAAAAAUAUAUUUAAAACAGGGGGGGGGGGUUGUGCCCUUUGCACAUGUUGGCCCAUAUAAUUCAGUUGAAUGACUUAACCGGAACCUCCUGGACAAGCCAUUUGUUUGAAAAGCGUACUGUCUCGGAGAAUCGCGUUUAAGAGUCACUGUUAGUGUUAGGUCUUAAAGCACACCGUUGACAAGUUGAGGGGUAAGUGAUCGAUGAGUAAGCUAAAUAAAUGUCUACCAAAUCGAAGCAUAUUUGUGAAUAAGCAGUUAAUUUUAUUUCAGACAUAAACGGAUACCAAUUCUCUGUUGUCGUCAUAUUAUAUAUAUAACGUGCUUACUAUAUGGUGGUUGCCAAUUUUGCUUGAUUCGUCACCAUGGCGAGUGGCGGCCAGAGGAGUUAAAAUUAUUCGUGAUUUCCUCAAACAACAGCUUGCGCCGAAGUAGUUCAACCAUGUCACCUCUCUGGAAAUUCGGCAGAGCAAACUUGUCAUUCUGUACUAUGGUCCGCAUUGCUAAACAUAUGAUCCUCAAAAAAAAUUUAAAAUGAUUUUUGAUUCAUAAAUACUAUAGGCUAUAAUCGUAAAUACAACAUGGCUUUCUACCGCCCACAGCUCAUAUACCACAAUAUAACAAAAUGGAAGAAGCAGAAAUUUUGCUAAAAAAUAGGAAUAGUUUUUAUAAAGAAAGGGAAAUAAAUUUUUAUAUAACAUUGCUUUCUACCACACUACCCAGUAUAAACACAAUACAUUGUUAUAUAACAUUGCUUUCUACAACACUACCGAGUAUAAACACAAUAAAUUGUUAUAUAACAUUGCUUUCUACCACACCACCCAGUAUAAACACAACAAAUUGUUAUAUAACAUUGCUUUCUACCACACCACCCAGUAUAAACACAAUAAAUUGUUAUAUAACAUUGCUUUCUACCACACUACCCAGUAUAAACACAAUAAAUUGUUAUAUAACAUUGCUUUCUACCACACCACCCAGUAUAAACACAAUACAUUUUUAUAUAACAUUGCUUUCUACCACACCACCCAGUAUAAACACAAUAAAUUGUUAUAUAACAUUGCUUUCUACCACACCACCCAGUAUAAACACAAUACAUUGUUAUAUAACAUUGCUUUCUACCACACCACCCAGUAUAAACACAAUAAAUUGUUAUAUAACAUUGCUUUCUACCACACCACCCAGUAUAAACACAAUACAACAAAAUUUAAAUCUAAAGAUAUAAGACAUAGUUUUGAAAAUAAAGUAUAUUUUCGAUUUGUUUAUUUUUUAGCUAUGUAAAUUUCGCAUACUGUAAGUUCGACAUAUCGUGCUCUAUUUUCAACACUGUUAUAUGUAUAAUGACAGUACAACACCCAGACAUUGUAAAUUUUAACAUAUCAAGUUAUCAAGGAACCUCAAGCAUUAUAAUAUAGAAAUAUGUGCGCCCAGUGGCGUAGCUAGAAUAAGUGCCCCCCCCCCCUUUCCCUUUUGCAAUUGGUGAAAAUGCCGCUCGUACACAUACACUAAAAAACAUAAACGAAACACAAAAAUUUCCCCCAGGACGAACCACCACCUCCGACCCUUUUCUACGCCACUGUGUCUUCACUCCCGUUAGUCGCCCCCCCCCCCCUUCCUCACCCCAGCCCCCUAACCGCGCCGGUUGAAGGUAAAGGUAUUGUAGGGUCGUGGCUAGGAGCCGCGCUUCGUUGAGGAGACCUCACGACGAAGCUCCUCGCCCCCCCCCCCUUCCUCACCCCAGCCCCCUAACCGCGCCGGUUGAAGGUAAAGGUAUUGUAGGGUCGUGGCUAGGAGCCGCGCUUCGUUGAGGAGACCUCACGACGAAGCUCCAUUUGUUUGAAAAAGUGGAUGUAAUCUUAAUGGUCGCGCCACGACGUAAAUAUUUCUGACAGGGGCGGACCUGCAACCCCCCAGAAUCUCCAUCCACCAAACUUUUAAGAGGAUACCAGAGAGCCGUUUACCAGGACCGUGCUUAGAUAAUGUUGGGGCGCCGUGUGUUGUGUUGAAGUGAGUGGACGUUCCUGCACAUCAUGUCCUCGUUUUUUAUUUUAAAAAGGACGAACAAUAGAAAUACUGAUCACCACUGCCCAGACCCCGUGGUUCUCAACCUUAAAGGGCCACGCCCUUUAAUUCAGUUGCUCAGAUUUGUGUUGACCCCCAACGGUAAAUUUAUUUUCGUUGCUACAAUAUAACUGCGGAGCAUAAAUAAACCCAAUGGUCUUACGCCCCGCCCUCCACCCCCCCCCUUCCAAGGGUUCAAGACCCACAGUUUGAGAACCGCUGGUCUAGCUAGACCUUAUAAAAUAAAUACGAAACUGAGACCGAAACCGUCUUAGGGGCCGUCCAUUAAGUACGUCACGCUCAGGAGAGUGGGAGAGGGGGGUGGGGUUAAGAAAGUGUGACAGUUUGUGAUACGGGAAUUUAGUGGAGGGAAAGGGGCGCUGAGAUCAUGUGUGACGUCACACUAUAGUUCUUUUUUUUAACACGCAAGUAAAACUGGAAAAUGAAGGUGACCUUGAACUUUCUGCUAUGUUGGAUGUAUUCUGACAGAUGACGUCACUUUUAUACAUUCAUUAGUUUAAUAGCGAGGUGUGAUUGAGAUUAAAUUUUAAUUAUUGAAACAAUAUCUUCAGCUCAAAAGUUUGACAUACUUUAAUUGGGGUGGGGGUGGAUCUGAACUUUGUGACAGAUUGUGACAGGGGUGGAGGGAGUGAGGUAAAAAUUGUCACUUCAAUUAUCCACCCACCCCUUUUUUUAAAUAUUCAAUAACAAUGUCAAUAAAAGAUACGACAGUUUAUAUCUUUGAAAUACUAAGUUGGUAAUUUGGGAAGUCAGUGGACUGAUCAACUCUCACUGACUUGGAUAGUCUAGUCUCUAACACAACUUAUCUCCCGUAGACAGCACUGCCUACCGCAACUUAUCUCCCGUUGACGGCCCUGCCUAACACAGCGUAUCUCCAGUAGACGGCCCUGCCUACCACAGUUUUUUUUCCGUAGACGGCCCUGCCUACCACAGCUCAUCUUCUGCUGACGGCCCUGCCUACGACACCUCAUCUCAUCCGGAGGACCGUGCCAACUACAAUGCCAUCAUACAAGCUAACUUACUUUGACGCCAGAGGUCGCGCUGAGAUAUGUCGCCUGCUCUUCGCCUUGGCUGGCCAGGAGUUUGAGGACAUCCGGAUAAAAAGGGAGGAAUGGCCAGUAUUGAAGAACAGUAAUUUUUUUUUUGUAUAAAUAUACUUUAUUUUCCGUUCAUAACAUUGAUGCCAUUAAGUUUAUAUGUUUACAUUAACUAUUAAUAUAACAACAUAAUUCCCGUUCCUUAAAGAUAAUCCAUCAUGCAUUUUAAAACAUAAUUCCCGUUCCUUAAAGAUAAUCCAUCAUGCAUUUUGAAGCAUAAUUCCCGUUCCUUAAAGAUAAUCCAUCAUGCAUUCUAAAACCUAAUUCCCGUUCCUUAAAAAUAAUCCAUCAUGCAUUUUAAAACAUAAUUCCCGUUCCUUAAAGAUAAUCCAUCAUGCAUUCUAAAACAUAAUUCCCGUUCCUUAAAGAUAAUCCAUCAUGCAUUUUGAAGCAUAAUUCCCGUUCCUUAAAGAUAAUCCAUCAUGCAUUCUAAAACAUAAUUCCCGUUCCUUAAAGAUAAUCCAUCAUGCAUUUUGAAGCAUAAUUCCCGUUCCUUAAAGAUAAUCCAUCAUGCAUUCUAAAACAUAAUUCCCGUUCCUUAAAGAUAAUCCAUCAUGCAUUUUGAAGCAUACUAGUUCUCAAGAACAAUUGUUAAAAUCAGUAUGUAACAGACUGUAACUUUGUCUGCCCAGGCACGCCAUUUGGACAGCUGCCCCUUCUGGAGGUGGACGGCAAGGUUUAUGCCCAGAGUGUGGCUUUGAGUAACUUCUUGGCCAGGAGGUUCGGUAGGUGAAUGGGCCGCCAGUACUUCAGCAGUUAGGAACUCACCUGUAGUGUAACACAUUAGCAUCCAUGGAUAUUAUAACGCAUCACAAACCAAUGGCGCGUUUUUAAGCUUUUAAAAAAAAAUAUAAAAAAAAUAACAUAAAAGAAAAAGGCGGCUGAUAUGUCCGUAUAAAAGUAAUCAGUACAGCAAGAUGUGUUCCGCCCUUUUUCUUGGUUAUAGCCAAGCAAUAGUGAAUGUCCUUUUAUUUAAUUUUCUUUCUAUUUAUUUUCGUACAGACGCCACAUUCGCUCUCAAUUCUUAAGAUUUUUUUUCUUCUAACUCUUGCUGGUGUGUCAGUGCAGGAAAUCAGUGCCCUAAUGGAAACAUCUGAUGGGCCUUGGGGCUUAUCUCCAGUUGAAAUGGGAAGGGAUUGGGAGUAAAGUUUGCCCUGUUUGAUAUCACAAAGAUAAUAAGGGACGCUAUCCGAUAAUCUUUUUUUUCCCGUUUUGGCCUGCACAUUAAAAAUCAUCCCAGAUCCUCACAUUUCCUUUACAGUAGUAGUAAUUACCUAACAAAUAUACACUAAUUUCAAAUUUUCAUGCUUGGCUUAUCCUUCGCUUUCUCUCUCUCUCUCUCCCUCUCUCUUUAGCGAUGUGUUGUGUUUAAACGAGUUUGAAAGAGUUAACAUUAUUGAGUUUACACAUUUCAGGUUUUUACGGUAAAACCGACACGGACGGCCUGGCUGUUGAUCAAGUUGUCUGCCUAGUCCAGGAUUUCGUCAAUCUGGCUGCCAGGGUGUUCCACGAAGCCGAGCCAGCCAAAAAGGCAAGUCAGGUCAUUGUCCAGGUCACCGUUAAGAAAGACCCAAUUUCAGUGGCGUAAUAGCAACAGUGGGUAGUUUAACCCGUCGGGGGGGGCGGGUGGGGGGGGGGGGGGGGGGGGGGGGGGGGGGGGGGGGGGGGGGGGGGGGGGGGAGGAUAGGGGCCCUUAAUACUGAGGGGCUGCAUUUUAGGCAAUAUUUUUUUGUGUGGAAAGGGGUGGGUAAAAGCUUGGCUCAUACUGGGCGGUCCUAAGUCUUAUUACUAUUGGCGCCACAGUAACUAGGUUACUACUGAUGACGUCACUGUAACUAGCUUACUAGUGAUGACGUCACAGUAGCUAGCUUACUACUGUAGGUGCCACAGUAUAUAGAUUAUUACUGAUGACGCCAGGGUACAUGGCCUAGUACUGGAGACGUCACAGUACAUAGAUUACUACUGAUGACGUCACAGUACAUAGCUUAAAGCUUACUACUGAUGACGCCAGGGUACAUAGCUUACUACUGAUGAUGCCCCAGUACAUAGCUUGCUGCUAAUGACGCCAGGGUACACAUCAAUUUAAAUUUUAAAAAAUGGCAGAUGAUGUUUAAUAUUUUCCACUGUUAAAUUCAAAUUACCGAAUAUAUUUUCCCCUUAUUUAUUUUCUGCUUACGAUGAUGUCAUGCCGUCCUGGAUAUUGAUACCUAGUGGGGGGGGGGAAUCUUACCAAUUCAGGGAGAGAGGGCAGGCAAAUGCCACUCCUUGCACUACCUCCAAAUGACGUCACUGGUUGGAAAAUACCUCUUUCUUUUCAUUCUAAUGUAUUCCUUUUUAAAAUUUCUUUCUGGUGCCCACCCCGCCCCCCUAAAACAAAACAAGAAAACAACAAACAAACAAAAAAUAACAACGCUUAAGCGUUACUACACACACGCACACACACACAUCUACACGCUACACAUACACAUGUUCAUUAACAGAAGCGGUCGAAUGUGAAUGGGGUCCAAAGGGAGAUAACUCAUAUAAAAAUGCCAUACAUUUGUUUGCUUUGACAGAGUUAGCGUAAGAGCAAACUAUUUUAAAAUAGUGAAAACCGAGUCAGCCAUUUCUUUUAAACAUGUAUAUAUAUAAUAAUAUAUAUAUAUAUAUAUAUGAAGAAUGACAGACUUCUUGAAAUGGGCAACACUCCUCAAGAGGGUUUAACUCCCCUAAGCCACUGGAUGGUCAUGAUCUAAGUGCAACUAGGGCGAGGCAAAAACCUUAGAUUUUCGUAUUUUAGGGAAAAAAAACAACUCGUUUUCUCAAUGUGUUAAGUCAUUUUAAGUUUAGAAACACUUUUUUUUUAAACACAAAAAAAGCAACAAACCCCUACCAAAACAACAUAUGACGAUUAUUCUCAUUUUGAGACAUCAGUCAUUUUCGCCACCUCAUUAUAUUUACAGGACACAUUUUCUUUUUUUUUUAUAAUUUAGGAAGAACUGACCAAGAGUUUCAAAGAGGUAGAACUCCCCAAGCUCCUUGGCUUCUGUGAAAAACUCUUGAAGGCAAAUGGUACCGGGUACUUCGUUGGGGGCUCGGUUAGUUCCACAUAUCUCAUUUAUCAUACAUUUAUAUGUAUAUAUAUAUAUAAUUAGUGUGUAUAUAUAUAUACAUACAUAUAUACAUGACAUGUCUACACACACUAAUUAUUUGAGUUAAAGAGUGUACUGAAUUUUUGAAACUCUUGCAAGAUAAUUUAAAAAAAAAAAAAAUGAUAAGCAUUGUAUUGGAAAGCUCAAGAAGAUAAAAGACAACACCCAUGGACGUUUUGAACAGUUUAUGCACCCUCUCAGUUCGUGCCCCAUCAUAAAUUGUAGUUGCAUUGGCUGCCGGUCUGCGCUCGCUUUGAAUACAAAACUGCAACCCUGUGCUACCGCUGCUUGCAUGACCUGGCACCAUCCUAUCUAAAAGAGCUGCUGACGCCUUGUGUGCCCACUAGAUAACUUACGCUCAUAUGAUAGUGGCAAACUCUCGAUACCACGUGUUCGCCUUGAGACUUACGAGGGGCGUACCUCCGCAUUCGCUGGCCCAACAAUUUGGAACACUCUCCCUGUUGCUCUUAGAAACAGCCAGUCACUGGAGUCUUUCAAAACAGAUCUGAAGACAUAUCUAUUUCGCAAACACCUGCUGGGACGAUGUUUUCUAUCUAGCUAUUAUCUUGUGGAUGUGUAUUGGCCUGUGUUGUUUAUAGUUGUUAGGUAUGAAAGACUUAGAAUGGGUAUUCUCGUAUAUAGUUUUUGCAAUGAUGCAUUUUGUAUUUCACUGUGGUAUAUUUUAGGUAGUUUCAUUUCUCUUUUAAUAUACUAGACUAUGUACCGCACUUCGAGCCAUUGGGGAUGAAGCGUGAUUUUCAAAUAAAGGUUAUUAUUAUUAUUAUUAUUAUUAUUAUUAUUAUAAAUAAAUAAAUAUACAUAUAUAUACAUAUAUAUAUAUAUACACAUAUUUUUAUAUAUGUAUUUAUAUAUAUAUAUAUAUAUAUAUAUACAUAUAUAUAUAUAUAUAUAUAUAUAUAUACACACACACACACACACACACAUAUAUAUAUAUUAUAUAUAUAUAUAUAUAUAUAUAUAUAUAUAUAUAUAUAUAUAUAUAUAUAUAUAUAUAUACACACACACACACACACACACAUAUAUAUAUAUAUAUAUAUAUAUAUAUAUAUAUAUAUAUAUAUAUAUAUAUAUAUAUAUAUAUAUAUUUAUAUACAUAUACAUAAUAUAUAUAUAUUUCAAGCCUAAUUGUUGAUAUUCUAACGAUAAAAUCCAUAUCCUCAGCUGACGUUAGCGGAUCUCAUUACGUGGAACUUCAUUACAGGAAUAGAAAACAGGAUGAAGGUGUCCGGACUGGCAGACGGCUUUCCCGUGGUGAGGGCCCUGUUCCAGAAAGUAGAGAAUGCGGACAAAAUCAAGACUUAUUUGGCAAACAGGAAACCGACCGAUUUUUAAACACAUAGGUUCAAUGAAGCAAGAUACGCUUUCGAAUCUUGUAAAUCCAUUUGUCGGUACUAUCUGAAUAUCUGAAUACUGCUGGGACACUGAAUACAAAGAUCAAGAAAAAUUAAUUAGUCCAAUGUUCUAAUAAUUCCCUUGUUUAACGUCCAGUUCACACGAUCAGAUUGUCAUCAAAUUUCCUUUUAGAACGCACUAUUUUGUGUUAUAACACAGUGCAUUAAAAAAGAAAUUUGACAAGUUGACAAAAAUUUGAAGAAAAUUUGAUCGCGUGAACUGGGCAUAAAUUCAAAUGAUGCGAGGUCUGUCUAUAAAAUACUGAGAUUAUUCUAGCUAAUUGUAAUGGUCUUAUCGCAGCUCAUCUUAGAUGUCUUAUCUCAGCUUAUCGUAAUUGUCUUAUCUCAGCUUAUCGUAGUUGUCUUAUCCCAGCCUAUCAUAGAUGUCUUAACUCAGCUAACUAAUGAAAUAAAUGUGUCAAAUAAAAUACGUGAAUUAAUUUUUUGUGUUUGUUCUGUUGAUUUAAAUAAAAAAAUAAAUAUUAAAAAAAAUUUAGAAGAAGAUGGGAGAGCGAAAGUUUUCGAGUGGCGAUGAGGCGAACUGAAUGUCGACGAAUAUUAAGGUUUAUUAUUAGAAUUGGAACUACUUACAGCAAAUAAAAAAUAAAACUAC